CCGGCCAUAUCAUCUUUGCGGUUGUUACACCGCGUUGCACGUUGCUAGUUAGUUGCAAUGCUGUAGCUAUUAGCACGAUAGCUAUUCCUUCGCUGGGGUGGGGAAGACCCGCCGUUUAGUUGAUCAAACCUACGCAGUUUAUGCUCGCAUAUUUCAGCUAUAGUCCAACAGGCCAACAGACACUAUUCAACUAUAUACUAGCUAGCUUCUUGUCUUUCUUUUAGCCCGCAAGCUUACCCAGCCAGCCAGCUAGCUAGACGCUACCGUUGUAGUGUCUCUUCCCACAGUGCGAACCGUCUCCUGCCCGGCUGGAGGACCAUGGCGAUGAGACAGACUCCGCUCACCUGCUCCGGUCACACCCGACCUGUUGUGGACCUGGCCUUCAGUGGAAUCACUCCUUAUGGCUAUUUCCUCAUUAGCGCCUGCAAGGAUGGCAAGCCCAUGUUGCGCCAGGGAGACACAGGGGACUGGAUAGGAACGUUUCUGGGUCACAAAGGUGCUGUCUGGGGAGCCACUCUGAACACGGACGCUACCAAGGCAGCCACCGCUGCAGCGGACUUCACAGCAAAGGUGUGGGAUGCAGUGAGUGGAGACGAGGUCCUCACACUGGCACAUAAACACAUUGUCAAGACUGUCAGCUUUACACAGGACAGCAACUGUCUGCUGACUGGAGGAAAUGACAAGCUGCUGCGCAUCUAUGAUCUCAGCAACCCUGAAGCAGCACCUCAGGAGAUUGCAGGUCACACCUCAGCCAUAAAAAAAGCCUUGUGGUAUAACAACGACAAGCAGAUCCUCUCUGCUGCUGAGGACAAAACUAUACGGCUUUGGGACAGAACCUCCAUGGAGGAGGUGAAGACGCUGACGUUCGACACUUCAGUAAGCAGCAUGGAGUAUGUGGCUGAUGGAGAGAUUCUGGUGAUCACAUACGGAAAGACCAUUGCUUUCUACAACGCUCUGAGCCUGGACUUGAUCAAGACGGUGGAGGCUCCGGCUCCCAUCAACUCAGCCUCCCUACACCCAGAGAAGGACUUCUUUGUUGCCGGUGGAGAUGACUUCAAGCUCUACAAAUUUGACUACAGCACCAAAGAAGAGCUAGAGUCCUAUAAGGGUCACUUCGGUCCAGUGCACUGUGUCCGCUUCAGUCCGGAUGGUGAACUGUAUGCCAGCGGCUCUGAGGAUGGCACGCUCCGACUGUGGCAGACAGCUGUGGGGAAAACCUAUGGCCUGUGGAAGUGUGUCCUUCCUGAGGACCUGGGGGCAGAGAACUCUGAGCAGCUGUACACCUCGACCCCUGAGAUCAAAGCCUGAAGCAGUGCUGUUUGGAAACAGAAUAACGGAAUGGAAGAAGGAAAGGAGAUGAGCGGCGGGGUGUUCCAGCGUUCUAUCAAACCCCAGCAAGGAGCCGAGUCCAGAGCAUCUCCAUUCAUCAGGAAUGAUGUGGAAAUUAUGACUGCCUUGUCUGUCAUAGACCAACCCAUCACACACAGACACACACAAUGAUUUUAUGCAGUCAUAUGGACAGUAUGGUCUGCAGAGUAAAGCAGUAGAGCUGUGAGUGUUGGCUCAUUGCUGCCUGCUUUCUCUCUGAUCAGUCCAGGUCUGUCUGCUGAAACUAUUUUAACUUCUCUAAAUCCCUGAACCCCAAGCCACAUGAUGCUAAGAUUGGAUUUGCUUUCAAAUGAAGGCAUUGAAUGAGCUGGACCAAGGCUUUUGAUUUCAGUUCAUAGUUACAAAAAUGCUAGAGGUUGUUUGCACAGUUUGUGCUAAGGUUAAGGCGCUUUUAUUUCUUCAGAAACAUUGCUUUGAGUAUCCGCUGCUGUUGUACUGGUUAAGUAUAUAAAGUUAAGUGUCCAAAUAAAAGAAAAUAUUGUUUUGAGGAAAGGGAAGAAAUGUCACUUUUUUCCUUUUUGGUUUCUGUCUUUAUUUGUGUCCAGUGAUGAAAUAAACAAAUGCAUUACUGUUCUAUUUCUAAGUAAUGCGCAAAA